UCUGUUGCUUUUUCUCUGUCAUUGUUUUGUUUUUUUUAUUCUUUUUCUUUUUUUUGUUUAUUAUUUAAUUCAAUCGUUUUUUUCUUAGAUUAUAAUGUUAAACUAGAAUUGUUCAUCUUUCUGUCAACACCCAAUCCACAAGUUCACCUACUGGAACAAUAUUAACGUUACAUUGAAUUGAAUUCUCUCUCUCUCUCUCUCUCUCUCUCUCUCUCUCUCUCUCUCUCUCUCUCUCUCUGUCUCUCUCUCACUUUUAUUUACCUUUUUUCUUUACCUAUGGCUGCUUAUGAAGCGUUGAAGAAAAGCCUUGAGGUUUUGGACACUAGACUACCAGGGGCGAGUGAACCUGAUCUUCUUUUUCUUAAAGGUGUCUUACAAUCACCUGUUAUUGAUUCACUUGUCAAAGUUACAGAAAAACUGGAAUCAUCUUCUCCCAAUGAUUAUAAACCUGUAUUUCAUGGUAACUCUGGCUCACUGUUAAGUGAAGUUAUUGAUAUUUGCUACAAAUUAAGCAAAAAUCCAACCACCAGUCGGAGUGUGAGUAAGAUAGCGGGAGAAUUGUAUCAAUUACUGGCCAAUCCUCAUUUUAUUGCGGUUAUGGAGGCUCAUGAUUUGGUGGCAAACAAAAACUAUGAUGAACCUGAAGUGUUAAAUGAUAUGAUGGCCAAGGAAGAGGAUGUUUCCGAUAUGGAUUUUGACAGUGAUCUUGUGAUUACCCGAGGAGCCCGUUCAGGUGAUGGGACGACGCCCGAAGAUGAUGAAAUCAUUCGUAAUGUUGGUAUUAUCCGUAAAAACGAUGAACCUCUUGGUAUGACUGUUCAAAUUGACGAUAAUCGGGUUGUUAUUGCUCGUAUUCUGCGAGGUGGUUUAGUUGAUCGUCAAGGAAUCCUUCGAGUUGGAGAUGUUAUCAAGCAAAUUAAUGGUAGAAAAGUUAAUUCGCCCCAUGAACUUAUGGAAGAACUUCGUCUAUCAAAUGGAAGUGUCCGUCUUAAGGUCACACCCUCUUUCCAUGAGACCGUUAUCUCUGCUCCAUGUUACAUGAGAGCUCUUUUCAAUUAUGAUCCAUCCGAAGACACCUUGUUACCCUGUAAAGAGAUUGGAAUCAGUUUCAUUCAAGGAGAUGUUCUGGAAAUACUGAAUCAAGAAGAUCCAAAUUGGUGGCAAGCCAGAAGGACCGACAUAGAAGACGCUCCCAUCGGAUUAAUACCUUCACAGGAACUGGAAGAGAAGAGAAAAGCCUUUGUUCGACCAGAAUUCGACUAUGCUACAAAGACAACGAUCUGUGGAACUCGAGUCACCAAAAAGAAGAGAAAAGAAAUGUACCAAAUUGAGGCGAACAACUACUUCGACAAAGCAGAGCUCAUAUUGUACGAAGAAGUUUGUCGAAUUCCUCCUUUCGAAAGGAAAACAUUGGUUCUUGUUGGUGCUCAAGGUGUCGGUCGACGAACACUCAAACAAAGAUUGACCUCUUAUGAUUCUGAUCGAUUUUCAUCUCCCUUGCCCCACACUUCACGUCCGAUCCGAGAAAAUGAACAAGAUGGUAAAGUUUAUCAUUUUGUCAAGCGAGAAAUAAUGGAAGCCGAUAUUGGUGAACAUAAAUACCUUGAAUGGGGUCAGUUCGAUGGUCACUUAUAUGGUACCAAAUUAGAUUCCAUUCGAGCCAUCAUCAGAUCGGGUAAAAUGUGUAUCCUUGAUUGUAAUCCUCAGUGCCUGAAAGUGCUGAAAACUGCUGAAUUUAUGCCAUUCGUUGUUUUCAUCGCCGCUCCACCCAUAGAUCAACUUCGAUAUAUGAAUGAAUGGGGUCGAAGUCAUUCAUCUGCCAACCGAACAAUGACUCUUGAUCGUGCCUUGGGUCGUCAUCAAUCUCGUCGAGCUCGAACCGUACAAAGUUUAGCCUCAUUUUGUGAUGACGAUGAACUUCAAGCAACAAUAGAGGAAAGUGCUCGACUCAGUCGAACCUAUGAAAAAUACUUCGAUAUGAUUUUGGUUAAUAACAAUUUUGACAAAACUUUCGAGGAUUUGAAAGAAGCUCUCAAUGCAUUAAGCACUGAACCUCAAUGGGUUCCAAUUAAUUGGGUGUUCAGUGAAUGAACAACAAUUGGCCAAAACAACAAGUAAUCAAAACAGACAAAGCAACAGAAACUCAAAAAAAAAUAAUCUCAUUAGUUAAGAGUAUCAACAACAACAACAUUGGCAACAAGUGCAGAUAAUUAAUUGACAAUCAAAACAAAUACUUGAAAGAGGAAACAAACAACUUUAAUUGUAUCAUUAAAAUGUUAACAAUUGAGCUGCAUGAACAGAAUUGAAAUCUCAAAAGAAAACAUAUUCCAUCCAUUAGUAGCAACAGUAUUACCACUAAUUACUACCUAAUUGUAACAUAAUAAUUACUAAUCCGUCUCUUCAUACAUGACAAAAACAACAAGUGACCCUUUGAAUUUAUACAUAUUCCAAGCAACAAUUAAGGAUCAAGCAACACAAUUAACGCUCACACUGGAAACUAAAUUAUCUCAAUCAAACCACUAACACAUAUCCAAGAUUUUUUGUAAACAUCUUCUUAUACUAAAUGAUUUUGAAUUAAUUCAAUUCUAAUUUAAAUCAAGUAAUCAUUUCUCAUGCUUGUAUUAAUGCAUUUCUUUCAUUAUUGACUGAAUCUCACCAAAAUAAACAAUCAAAUCAUUCCCAAUUUAAAGUCAAUUAUCAGCUGACAACAAUCAACUUUAAUUGUCACUUAAUAUUUAGCGAUGAUUAAACUUUAAAUUGAACAAUUUUCGUAAUCAAAUUACAAUUUUCAGUGUAAAACUGCAAUGAUAAUAAGAAAGCAAUAUAAUGUUAUUAAUAAAUUUGCUUUAACCUUAUAUCAAAAUUGAAUUAAACUUACCUUAAAAUUUAA